GGGCUGCAAGCUGCUAUUAGGUCUUGUGGGAUUUGCGGCCAGCACACGACCUCAAGGCAGACCUCAAGGCAGACCUCAAGGCAGACCAUUCGAACGUCUCACCCCGGACGGGAUAUUCAAGCGCGGGGAACCUCCACCCACCGCAGAUCAAAGCCUGCACCGUCCAAAAGUUUCUUCUUACGGUUCGCGUAUUCCGGCACCUUCUCUCAUAUCCCUGCAGCUUCGGCCCAAUAAUUCAGGGUCAAGUAGUUCUGGAGUAAGCUAUAAAGAUGGAUGUGAACAGGACCUUCAGCGACGUAAGAAAAGUCCUUCUGUUCGCGCACAAAAGCACGGGUGCCGAGGAAAAGGUUGCUUUCUACAACGACUGGGCUAGUAAUUAUGAUCAGGAUGUCGGCAUCCUGGAAUAUCGAGCUCCAUCUCUGGCAGCGGAGCUCCUGUCUGCCGCCUAUCGAGGAAAUAGGGACACGGCGGCCGUACUAGACGUGGCUUGCGGAACCGGUCUUGUUUGCGCACAGCUGCAUAAUAUGGGAUUCCGUAACGUUUUUGGGGUGGACGGCAGUCAGUCCAUGUUAGAUAUAGCCAAAAGGAAAGGCCUUUACAAAGAGCUGAAGCAGUGCAUGCUGGGAAUGGAACCACUUCCUGUUCAAGCUGGGUCAUUUGAUGCAGUUCUUAUUGUUGGGAUCCUCAGUGCCGGUAAUGUGCCUGUCACUGUUGUCAAGGAGCUGUGGCAGGUGGCUAAGCCAGGGGGCUAUGUCUGCAUGACAACGAGGGCAGAUGUAAAGAAUCUGAAGUACAAGACUGAGCUGGAGAACACCAUCGACGGCAUGGAGCAGGAUGGGCUGUGGGUGCGGGUGGAUGUGAGGGAAGUGGAGCAAUGGGAGAGGGCAGUAUCAAAUAUGGAGGCAGGGCACAUACCUGGGGUGGUGUACUUGUACAGGAAGUCACUAGAUUGAGGUGACCUAUCAAAAAGUGGAGAGUUCUGAGUGUGACGUCUCCCAUCAUUGGAUUGUGAUCAGGGGCUUUUACCGUGGCUUUACCGUGAUUUUUUUUUCUACAAAUCUCUUGAACGUUAUGCUCCAAAGAUUGUUUUUUGAUAUCUAUAAACAAACAAAAAAAAAAACCCCACAAUGCCUUGUGUCCUGACAUCAUCGCCAAGAAAAAUUCACUCAGACUACAAGAAACUUCACAUACUUGAGCAUGUCCGCUGCGUGGGGGAUGAUGUAGACCAGAGGUAGGCAACUUUCAUCCUGGAGUGCUGCUAUCCAGCAGGUUUCCCAGGAUGCUGGCACUAAAGGAUCAAGGUUGCCUGCCCCUGAUGUAGACCAUAUGUGCAUUUAUCUGUCAUCAUACUCAAGUUUGCGUCGAUUCAGAGCUUGAUCCAGGGUGUCCAUCACCCAGUAAUGGCCUUCUGCCAUUCUUUAUUGUCUUUUGUGAUGUCUUAAGGUCUCAUAAUAGUGUGAUAUCAAUGAGAUGUUGGUCUGUGCCUCACCACUUCUGGGAAAUAUGUCGUAGCAACGCUUCUGAAUGGGUCACUUGACAAUGUCACAUGUACCACCUACAUUUUUUUUGUUUAAUAUGGCAUUAUCAAUUCCCUGCGUCUUUGCUCUAUUUACCUGAAACCAUGCGGUGGUAUGUUGUAGUUUGGUACAUGUAGAAAUUCUGCCACUAGAUGGCAGUAUACCCAAGGGCAUAGCUGGCCAACAGUGGGGGGAGCUUUCAGCACUUCAUGAGCAUUUGGUGCUUGGGUCUGGUAUAAAAAUGUUGGGCAAUAUGCUUGCAAGUGUUUACUCAUUCGUUGGUGACGUGUAACUUUGUUGAAACCACCUGUCCCUCUUGAUAAAUCAUGAUGAAUCAUA